CCCCAUUUUAGAGAACAAAGAAGUCUCAUCUCUACUGCAUAGAAAAACAUUAUUAUUUGUUGUUGGAAAAUCCACUUCAGCUGUUCCACAAUGCAAACGCAAACAUUGCAUCUACCACCACCACCAGAUUAAAGAACCCAAUGAUUAAGAUAACCCAUUACUCACACAUUGCAUCGAAACAUUACGUAUACAUACAGCAUUUAACACAUUCGUCAAUAAUCUACCGUAUUCUGUUCGUGUUAUUAAGCUGGAAAUAAUUCAGGAGGAAGAUUGCAUGACAAUCUAUCAAAUGGUAGACUUCUUAAAGGACAGAUUGAACGAGGGUUUGGGCUGGAUAAGUGGUGCACUGCAAUAUUCACCAGGAAAAAUGGACGAUUCUGGUGACAAAGAAAGUUUAUGGUCAUCCGAAGAUGGAAAGAGUCAUGAUAUGUCGCUUACGGACGAGGCGGAAGAAAACUACUUUUCCUUUCCUAUUGACGAUUCCUUGCUGCAAACCCCUGACGAGAUUGAGGAUGCCAUCGAGAGAGUUAAGGCAUUGGUUUUGGAGACGGAGGGUGUGUCUGAAGAGCGACGCAAAUUAGUUCAACGCCUCAUAUCCCUCCGCCUUCGCCUUCAAGAUGUUAAGGAAAUUCAGGAAGAACGUGGUGAAAAUUCAUCGGAGGAGCUUCGAAUCAUAAAUCACCAUCAGUUUAUCCACCAAAAUCAAAUCGUACAUAGAAGCCCACAGUAUUGCGAUCGAUGUGGGGGGAUCAUUUGGACGGUCGUGCAACAUUGGUAUAGAUGCAAAGCUUGUUUGUUCCAGUGUCAUUCGAAAUGUUUGAACAAUGUAAUACGCACAUGUGUAAUUUUAACUGUAGGCAUUGAUACUGAGUAUAUUGCUCAGAUUUGUCCUGAAGUAGGGUUGCCAGAUCAAAACUUUACUUGUUUUGAGUGCAAAACAAGGUUUACAUUGAAAAAUAGUUGGAUGGAGCCUAGAAUAUGCAAUUACAACGGGCGAUAUUUUUGUCCAAUUUGCCAUAAAAAUAAUUCACAUAGCAUUCCUGCAAGAAUAUUACAUAAUUGGGAUUUCGAGGAAAAGCCAGUUUCGGAGGGAUCAAGACAAUUUUUAAUUUUGAUGGCAAGAAAGCCAAACAUUAACCUGGAUAGAGUAAACCCAAAGCUGUUUAGCUUUGUCGAAGAUCUCAAUAUUGUAAAGAGAUACCGAGAGGACAUCAUCAUUAUGAAAGAUUUUUUCAUGACAUGUCGUGAUGCCGUUGCUCAAAAACUAUUGCGACGUUUAGAUGAGAAACAACAUUUCGUUGAGUCAAGUUGUAUGUAUUCUUUACAAGAUUUAAUAGACAUCAACAAUGGGACAAUGCUGAAAUUCAUAGAAAAAAUUCACGAUGCAUUCGAACGUCAUAUCAAAGAAACUUGUCAGAUCUGCAAAGGAAAGGGGUUUAUUUGCGAAAUUUGUGAAAAUGAACAAGUAAUAUUUCCCUUCGAUAGUGCCACCCAUCAAUGUUCAUCAUGCCAUGCUGUCUUUCAUAAUAUUUGCUUCGCAAAACGUGAAUCAUGUCCAAAAUGCCUUAGAAAAUCUCGUCGAGCUCUGAAUGUUUUAUAAUUUGUUUUUAAUAUUCUCACAUUUUAACUUUUAACUUUUAUGUUUUUAAAUUAUUUUAUCGCACACAUAUGCAUGUAAUGUAACUACUUUUAUGGAAAACACAUCAAAUUUUAUACUGGUACUUGAUGUAUCUAUUUAUUUAUACUGACACUGAUAAUACAAUAAUUAUCAAGUUUUAA